UCGAAAUCAACCAGCUGCUUGGUGAUCGGAACGGCGCGGCUCGUCGGGCGGUGGUCUGACCCGCCGCAGGUCAUUCGGCUCCGCCAAUCAGCGACCAGGGGCGCCGGCCGCCGGGUGCUGGAUCGGUCCAGGACCCCUGCGCCCGGCCGCAGUCGCUCCCGAUCUUCGUCCGCGAACAGUUCACGUCCGGACGCCUGGUUUCUGGUCGCGCCAUCAGCAUCAACGAGAUGCCGAGAGGGAGAGGGCGACGUCCAACCGCGUCGGGCGGAAGGACGAGAUCGGCAUUAAGAGCCAGCCGGGUUGCUGCAACAGCAAGCUCGCCUUCGGCCUCUUCUUCGGCGGGAACGGCUCAAGGGGCAGACAGCGGGACGGUGUCGAGGGAGGAAAUAUCGGCACUGAUCAAUGUCGCCGUUCGGGAGGCGGUCGGCGCCGCCACCGAGGGACUACGAGCGGUUCCGGGAGCUCAUGCCGCAAGCCGAUCGGGCUCCCACGGAUUGGUCAUGGGGCGUCUUCAGCGACCUGUUGCGGUAGCGGCCCUCAUAGAUGCAGGCUUGGCACCGGGCACGAGGAAAUUCUACGCGACCGUCUGGGACCGGAUAGCUCGGGGACAUCUUCGCGGGGGAGUGCUUUCGUUUCCCAUAUCGGUCAAUGCCGUGGCCGACUAUUUGGCUUCCCUGUUCCAAGAAGGCUGUGGCCCGUCUACGAUGAUGUCUCAUGCAUCUGCUAUAGCGUAUGGACACAAAAUCAGGGGAAUGGCGGAUCCGACGGCUGACUUUCGGAUCAAGCAAUUGCUCAGAGGAGCCGGUAGGUUUAAAGUGUCCGCUGAUCAACGUAGGGCCCUCUCGAUACAAGAGGUUCAAGCGCUGUGCAGUAAACUUUAUGUAGCGGGCCUUCCGAGAGUAGACCGGCUAGCCUUCCGGGCCAUUUUUCUCUUGGGAUUUUUUGGUCUCUUACGGCCUGGUGAAUUAGUUAAGGGGAUAGCUCCUCAACACACAAUUCGGCUAUGUGACGUCACAGUCUCAAAGCAGCGACUAGUUAUUAGAAUUCCGUCUUCGAAGACGUCUCCAGGUCCUCACGUUUUGACGUUUAAUGCCCGACCUGAUACGGAUUUUUGCCCAGUGAGAGCUGUCGGUGAUUUUAUACAGGUCAGACCUCAGGGUGAUAGUCAGCUGUUCGUGGAUGCCAGGGGUUCAGCUAUCUCUACAGCAAGGCUCUCAAAAGUGCUGAAGAGGACUGCUCUGCUGCAUGGCAUGAGCUCAUCUGGCAUAUCUGGUCACUGUUUGCGCAUAGGUGGGGCAUCACAUGGCGCAUUGCAGGGGAUGUCGGAGCUGCAGUUGGCCGAGGCGGGGCGCUGGCGUUCCCGUGCGGUGCGCAGGUAUUUUCGGGGGACGGUUUCGGUGCUUGAUGUCUCGUAAUAGCCUCGUAAAAGCAUCUUAUUCGCGAGGCUUCCCGUAAAACGGUAGUCAGGAGCCCGGCUUGUCUUGGCGAGAACGACGAGGUAAAGGUUUGGUGGUGGUGGGAUCACCGUUUUCGCCUGUCUUUUGUUAUCAAUGCUGUGUAGCAAGGAAAAACGGUGGGGUUGAUGUAUUAUGGUGGUGGCACCGUUUUUUCCCGCUAGAAGUGAUGGGACGCAACGGUUAGUGGAUGUAUUCGGCAGGGUUGUGUGUAUAUGUGAAAGAACGCAAUUUGUAUUGGUUGUAUAUAAAAUACACUCCCAAUCAAUCAGCACCCAAC